CCCGGGACGUCAGUUAGUGGAGAGGAAGGAUCUUGAAUCGCUCCGCCCUCUGCCUGCUUGGCAGCUGGAAGUCUCCCCCGUUACUUCACUCCGCGAUGAAUAUGUACAUCAACACUGCGAGCUUGUUCCCGAAACGGAGAGAAAUCGGAGACGGGGGACGGGUAAAAUGAAAAGUUAUUUACGCUGACGUCAAAUUGUAAACAAGAUGGCGAGUCAGACGCGGAUAAAACAGCUCGCUUCCUAGCUACCGAAUUGUAUGGAACUCUUAAAACUGGCUUUAUCGCGGAAAUGAUUACCAUGUUUGUUUUGGGGUGAAAGCUGAACUACCUCCAUUGCCGUUGGAUGCGCAUUGGAGUUAAUAUUUAUGCGAAUCUGGACGAGUCAACUUUUUGUUGCAUUCUUUCACUAAGUGGCUCUACACAAUGUUUCCAAUGGAAAGUAAAGGAGAGGGUCCUGCUUUCGGCGCUGCGCUCAAGUCGGACUGCACGGCAACUUCCUCCGCCGCGUUGGACAUUACAAAUGAAGGGGCAUUAGCUUGUUAGCUCCCGUGUUGAGCUGGCUUGGCUACCUAGUUUAUAUUAUCUCGGAACUACGACAUGGCGGUCUUGUGAGAAACUGUAACAGACUGUCAUAGGACGUAUAGCCUCUCUGUUCGGAUUCCAGUCGGAGGAUGUUACCCGCGGAUGUAAUAUGGACAAAUAUGCUGACCCUCAGGUAGCAUGACUAGUUAGCAAAUGUACUUAGCAGCUGUUCCUAAUCAUGUGCGACCACCGAUCAAUGUAAAAAGAGCAAUAACCAGUACGCACGCCGAAGCGAGGGUGUUUCAUUGUUCCCGUUGUGUUUUUACCACACCGUAUUUAUUUAACCAUGGCCGUGAGGUCUCGGAGACCCUGGGUGAGCGUGGUUCUCGGGGUCAUUGUUGGAUUUACCGCGGCGUCUUGGCUCAUCGUCCCACGGGUGGUGGAAAUCAGUGGCAAGCGAAAAAAAUCAACCGUGUGCUCUUAUUAUGGCAACGCGGCGAGCGCCGGUAAAGUGCCGGAGGUCGUCGGCGGCACCGCGAGAAGCAAUGCGUGGCAGAAAGAGAGGGACAGCCCCGUCUCCAGCCCAGAGGACAGCGAUGAGGAGGAGAGCGCGUUCAGGACUAGUAACGGUAGCGGGGACGGCGGGCGACCAGUUUCGCGACCGAGGCAUUUCCUUUAUGUGGGUGUCAUGACGGCGAAAAAGUACCUGGACACGCGAGCCGUGGCCGCCCAGCGGACGUGGACGCGCUCCAUCCCUGGGAAGGUGGAGUUCUUCUCCAGCGAGGGGUCGGAGACGGUCCCGCUGCCCAUUCCCCUUCCCGUGGUCUCCCUCGCCGGAGUGGACGACUCGUACCCUCCGCAAAAGAAGUCGUUCAUGAUGCUGAAAUACAUGCACGAUCAUUAUCUGGAUAAAUACGAAUGGUUUAUGCGGGCGGACGAUGAUGUCUACAUUCGAGGGGAGAAGCUGGAGGCCUUCCUGCGGUCUCUGAACAGCAGCAGGCCCCUGUACCUGGGGCAGACGGGCCUGGGCACCAUGGAGGAGCUGGGGAAGCUGGCCCUGGAGCCCGGGGAGAACUUCUGCAUGGGGGGCCCGGGUAUGAUCUUCAGCCGGGAGCUGCUGCGCCGCAUGGUGCCCCACCUGGGGGCCUGCCUGCGCGAGAUGUACACCACGCACGAGGACGUGGAGGUGGGCCGCUGUGUCCGGCGCUUCGGGGGAACCCAGUGUGUCUGGUCCUACGAGAUGCAGCAGCUGUUCUAUGAGAACUACGAGCAGAACAAGAAGGGCUUCAUCCAGGAGCUGCAGAGCAGCAAGAUCCACGGCGCCAUCACGCUGCACCCCAACAAGCGUCCGGCCUACCAGUACCGUCUCCACGGCUACCUGCUGGCCCGCCGGAUCUCCGAGCUCCGGCACCGCACGGUGCGGCUGCACCGGGAGGGCGUGGCGAUGAGCCGGCUGACCCGGUCCGAGCCGCGGCCGCAGGACCAGCGGCUGGGCGCCCCGCCCUCCUACACGCGGUACCAGCCGGCCGAGCGCGGAGACGUGAUCGAGUGGGACUUCCUCACGGGCCGCCACCUGUACGCGGGCGGGGCCGGGGACGGGCAGGGGCCCCGGCAGGGCCUGGGGCCCGCGCUGAGGGCCGCCCUGGAGGACACCGUGCUGCAGGUCAUGGAGAUGAUCAACGAGAACUCCAAGGCGCGCGGACGCGUCAUCGACUUCAAGGAGAUCCAGUACGGCUACCGGCGGCUGGACCCGCUGCACGGGGCGGAGUACGUCCUGGACCUGCUGCUGCUCUACAAGAAGCACAAGGGCCGCAAGGUGACGGUGCCCGUGCGCCGGCACGCCUACCUGCAGCAGUCCUUCAGCCGGCCCUUCUUCAGCGAGGACGAGGAGCUGGACGCCGCCGCGCUGGCCGAGGCCGUCAACGCCGACGCCCAGGGCUUCUCCUUCCUGCCCAGCUCCCUGAGGAUCUUCUCCCCCUUCGGGCCCCCCGGGGGGGCGGCGGGGGGCGCCUGGGCGGGCGCACGGGGGCAGCAGAAGGUCCACAUCCUGGUGCCGCUGACGGGACGCUACGACAUCUUCGCGCGCUUCAUGGAGAACCUGGAGAAGACGUGCCUGGGCCCCGCGCAGAACGUGCGGCUCACCGUGGUCCUCGUGGACAACGACAGCAACCAGGACCGGGACCGGCACCUGGAGCUGAUCCGGCGGUACCGCGGCCGGUUCCCCCAGGCCGAGCUGUCCGUGGUGCCCCUGGCGGGGGGCUUCUCGCGGGGCCUGGCCCUGGAGACGGGCUCCUCGCCGCUGGCCAACGACUCGCUGCUCUUCUUCUGCGACGUGGACUUGCUCUUCGACGCCGAGUUCCUGCAGCGUUGCCGGGACAACGCGGUGAGGGGGAGGCAGGUCUACUUCCCCGUGGUGUUCAGCCAGUACGACCCCAAGGUGGUGUACGGCGGCGGGGCCCCGCCCGCGGCCGGCGGGUUCGUCUUCACCAAGAAGAGCGGCUUCUGGAGGGAGUACGGCUUCGGCAUCGCCUGCGUCUACAAGGGCGACCUGCUGCGGGCGGGGGGCUUCGACACCUCCAUCCAGGGCUGGGGCCUGGAGGACGUGGACCUCUUCACCAAGGUGCUGAACUCGGGCCUGCGGGCCUUCCGCAGCCAGGAGCCGGGCGUCGUGCACGUGUACCACCCGGUGCACUGCGACACGGGCCUGGACCCCAGGCAGUACCGCAUGUGCGUGGGCUCCAAGGCCAGCACCUACGCCUCCGGGCUGCAGCUCGCCCAGCUCUGGCAGGAGAAGCACCUGGGCCUCGCCUACAACGCCACGUCUGACUCCUGACAUUCCCAACCCUGCCACGGCUCCGCGGGAGACUUACCUCAGUUCUGCGCCCAGAAGAAAUGUGCAGAGAGGCAAUGGGGUCUGUGUGUGUGAGUGUGUGAGUGUGUGAGUGUGUGAGUGUGUGUGUGUGUGUGUGUGUGUGAGUGUGUGAGUGUGUGAGUGUGUGAGUGUGUGAGUGUG